AAAGCAGAAGGCUUUGUUGUCGUCUAAGAAAAACCAAAUUUUUUCCACUAUUUUUCGACUUUUUUCUCUUCCACCAUUGUUGGCUAUGCGUUUACUUCGGAGCCAAAGAAACCAAAAUCGUCUUCUUCCCUUCAUCAUCAUCAACAUCACUUGUUCAUCAUCAUCUUCAUCAUAAUAUCAUAUUUGUUUCCCUUUCCUCUGUUCCAUUAUCGAGAGCCCCUAAGCUUAAACUCUUCUUCCUUUUUUUGGCUCUCGAUCUUUUUCAGAACCAAAAAAAAAAAAAAAAGAGAAGAACUAAUCGUUUUUACACUUUGGGUUUUCUUAAAUGAAGAUGGAGAACUUAGCAUCGCAGUUAAAACGGGGAAUUUCCCGGCAAUUCUCAACCGGGUCUUUAAAACGGAGUUUAAGCCGUCAAUUCACUCGGCAAUCGUCGCUUGAACCACGGCGGAACAAUUUGCGGUUUAGCUUUGGACGGCAAUCAUCGUUGGACCCAAUUAGACGAAGGAAUAGUCAAGAUGAGAUGUCGGUGCCGGAGAAUUUGGAUUCGACUAUGCAGCUUUUGUUUAUGGCGUGUAGAGGGGAUGUUAAAGGAGUAGAAGAUUUGUUGAAUGAAGGGAUUGAUGUUAAUAGUAUUGAUCUUGAUGGUCGUACUGCUUUACAUAUUGCUGCUUGUGAAGGUCAUGUUGAGGUUGUUAAGCUUCUUCUUAGUAGAAAUGCUAAUAUUGAUGCUCGUGAUCGUUGGGGUAGCACGGCAGCUGCUGAUGCAAAGUACUAUGGCAAUGUAGAAGUGUACGAGAUUUUGAAGGCCCGAGGAGCCAAAGUUCCUAAAACCAGGAAGACGCCAAUGACAGUUGCUAAUCCUCAAGAGGUGCCUGAGUACGAGCUUAAUCCGAUGGAGCUUCAAAUUCGGAAGUCUGACGGUAUAACAAAGGGAUCAUAUCAAGUGGCAAAAUGGAAUGGCACUAGGGUAUCUGUAAAGAUAUUUGAUAAGGACAGCUAUUCAGACCCUGAAAGCAUAAAUGCUUUCAAAUAUGAGUUAACUUUACUAGAAAAAGUUCGACAUCCAAAUGUGGUUCAAUUCGUCGGAGCCGUUACACAAAACAUUCCCAUGAUGAUUGUUUCGGAGUAUCAUGCAAAAGGCAACUUCCAAAACUACCUUCAAAAGAAAGGGCGUCUAUCAACAUCCAAAGUUUUAAGAUUUGCUGUUGACAUUGCCAGGGGAAUGAAUUACCUUCAUGAAUGUAAACCGGAUCCGAUCAUCCAUUGCAAUUUACAGCCAAAAAAUGUUUUGCUGGAUAAUGGUGGUAAGUUGAAGAUAGCCGGUUUUGGUUUAUUGAGGUUAUCAAAAUUAUCAGCUGACAAGGCCAAAUUAGCACGUCCAGACGAUCAACUUGAUCCAUCAAAUAUAUAUAUGGCACCCGAAAUUCAUAAAGAUAUGAUAUUCGAUCGAGGUGUUGAUGCAUAUUCUUUCGGUGUUAUGCUAUACGAGAUGAUUGAAGGAGGAGUGCCGUUUCAUCCUAAACCCGCCGAAGAGGCCGUAAAAUUGAUGUGUUUUGAGCAAAAGAGACCGCCACUCAAGAUCAAAUCGAAAAGUUGUCCUUGGGAAUUAAGGGAGCUUAUCGGAGAAUGUUGGGAUCAAGAACCACUCAUAAGACCGACUUUUUCGGAAAUCAUCGUACGAUUAGAAAGAAUAGUUGCCAGUUGCACGAAACAAGGGUGGUGGAAAGACACUUUCAAGCUUCCUUGGAAAUGAGGGGAAACUUGAGUUCAUUCGGAAAAAGCAAAAACCAGACAAGGAUUUCAUGGGAGGUUCCGAUUUUGAUAUCGAGUUUUCAAACCUUCAUCUUCGAGAUUGUAUGUUAUAAACUCGAGCUAAACAAAAUACUGAAUCAUGUUCACAUAAAAAGAAAAAAAAGAGAUGAACUUCCUUCUCAUUUUA